AUGGCUUCAUCAGUUCCAGGAAAGAUUUCAUUGCCGGAAUCCAAAUUCGAUUUGUCUACAUACUGGGGUAGAAUCCGUCACUGUGCGGAAAUAUCAGAUCCAACGAUGUUACUCACAACUAAUGCAGAUCUUGUAAAGGCCAGGGAAAUUGUUAAAUCCUACCGCGAUGGAAAGAUGAAGACUGCCACACCAGAAUUUUGGAGGGCCAAAAAACAACUGGACUCCACAGUUCAUCCUGAUACAGGAAAUACUAUAUUUCUACCAUUUCGAAUGUCAUGUUGCGUACUUUCAAACUUGGUAGUCACUGCUGGUAUGCUAACCCCAGGUCUUGGUACUGCAGGUACUCUUUUCUGGCAAUGGGCUAAUCAGUCCUUGAAUGUUGCGGUGAACUCUGCAAAUGCUAAUAAAUCUCACCAAAUGACUACCAGUCAACUGGUAACCAAUUACAGUGCAGCAGUGGCCGCAUCAUGCGGGGUAGCUCUUGGUUUAAAUAGUAUAGUUCCAAAAUUGAAGAGAUUAUCUCCUAACUCAAGGCUGCUUCUUACCAGAUUGAUUCCGUUUGCUGCUGUUGUUACUGCCGGUGUAGUCAAUGUCUUCCUAAUGAGAGGCAACGAAAUCAGAAAAGGUAUUACAGUUUAUGAUAAAAAAGGAGACGAAGUUGGGACCUCAAAAAAGGCUGCAUUCCUAGCUGUUGGUGAGACUGCGCUCAGCAGGAUUAUCAAUGCAACACCUAUUAUGGUUAUUCCUCCUUUACUACUAGUGAAGUUACAAAAAACUGCUUUAAAGGGUAAAUCAAGAGGAUUGCAAAACCUUGUUAAUGUUGGUUUGAUUGGUGUUACCUCGUUCGCAGUGCUGCCAUUCGCUUUGGCUGCUUUCCCCCAAAGGCAGUCUAUCAAAGUAAACAAGUUAGAGCCGGAGUUACACAAUAAAAAGGAUAGAAAGGGUAAGCAUAUCGACACUGUCUAUUUCAAUAGAGGCAUUUAA